GUAGUAACGUACACAGCACACCCGAGAGACAGAGAGACUAUCAACGAACACGAAGACCUUAUUAGAGAAACCCCGACAUUAAUGCAUAGCUCAACUACUCAUCUGAACCUUAGAAGUAGUGGUAGCAAUUCACACUCUCAUCAAAUUGCUAAAGCCUCUCUCCCUCUCUCCCCCUCUCUCUCUCUCCCCCUCUCUCUCUCUUCUUUUAUCUCUUUGCUCGAAAAGAUCUAAGCUUUUGUUAGAUCUUGAUCUGGAUGUGGAACUCUGCGGAGAAUGCGUUUUCCAGGACGUUGUCGCUUAGGGAGGAGGGCGAGGAUGAGAAGGCGCUACGGUGGGCCGCGCUGGAGAGGCUGCCCACCUACGCUCGCGUACGGAGAGGGAUCUUUAGGAACGUUGUUGGAGAUACCAGGGAGAUCGAGGUGACCGAACUUCAGGCUCAGGAGCAGAAGCUUGUGCUGGACCGGCUAGUCAGCUCGGUCGACGACGACCCGGAACUUUUCUUCGAGAGGAUGAGGCGCCGAUUUGAUGCAGUAAAUUUAAAGUUUCCAAAGAUUGAGGUUCGAUUCCAGAAUUUGACAGUUGAAUCUUUCGUCCAUGUUGGAAGCAGAGCACUGCCAACAAUUCCCAAUUUUGUUUUCAACAUGUUUGAGGAACUUUUAAGGCAGUUGCAGAUAUACAGAAGACAGAGAAGCAAGUUGACGAUUCUAGACAAUAUUAGUGGGAUUAUUAGACCUUCACGAUUGACACUGCUAUUGGGUCCUCCAAGCUCUGGAAAGACAACUCUACUGUUGGCUCUUGCUGGUCGCCUUGGAACUCAUUUGAAGAUGUCAGGCAGAAUCACUUACAAUGGACAUAACCUGAAUGAAUUUGUUCCUCAGAGGACAUCUGCUUAUGUGAGCCAACAGGAUUGGCAUGUUGCAGAAAUGACUGUAAGGGAAACUCUUGAACUUGCAGGUCGCUGUCAAGGGGUUGGAUUUAAGUAUGACAUGCUAGUGGAACUUGCAAGAAGGGAAAAGCUUGCUGGGAUGAAACCUGAUGAAGAUCUUGAUAUAUUCAUGAAGUCAUUAGCUCUGGGGGGAAAGGACACAAGCCUUGUUGUGGAGUACAUCAUGAAGAUUUUAGGGCUGGACAUCUGUGCUGAAACAUUGGUGGGAGAUGAAAUGCUCAAGGGUAUUUCUGGGGGACAAAAGAAGCGGCUUACAACAGGUGAAUUACUGGUUGGUCCAGCCAGAGUGCUAUACAUGGAUGAAAUAUCAACUGGGCUUGAUAGUUCUACUACAUAUCAGAUCAUCAAAUAUCUCAAGCAUUCAACUUGUGCACUUGAUGCCACCACUGUAAUUUCUCUGCUUCAACCAGCUCCUGAGACCUAUGAGUUGUUUGAUGAUGUCAUACUCUUAUGUGAGGGCCAGAUUGUGUACCAAGGACCUCGUGAUGCUGCUCUUGAGUUCUUUGCAUUUAUGGGAUUUGGUUGCCCAGAGAGAAAGAAUGUGGCAGACUUCUUGCAAGAAGUUACCUCAGAGAAAGACCAAGAGCAGUAUUGGUCUGUUCUGGACUGCCCUUACCGAUACAUACCUGCAGCAAAGUUUGCUGAAGCUUUUCUCUCAUAUCGUGCUGGGAAGAAUUUGUCUGAUGUACUGCGUGUUCCUUUUGAUAAACGCUACAAUCAUCCCGCAGCCUUGGCAACAUAUCGCUAUGGUGUAGAGAGGCUUGAACUUCUCAAGACCAGCUUUUACUGGCAGAGGCUACUCAUGAAACGAAAUUCAUUUAUUUAUGUCUUCAAAUUCAUUCAGCUUUUUUUUGUUGCCUUGAUCACAAUGAGUGUCUUUUUCCGGACAACGAUGCACCAUAAUACGAUUGAUGAUGGAGGCUUAUAUCUUGGGGCACUGUACUUUUCCAUGGUUAUUAUUCUGUUUAAUGGCUUUACCGAGGUGUCAAUGUUGGUGGCCAAACUUCCAGCGAUUUACAAGCAUAGAGACUUGCACUUCUAUCCAAGUUGGGUGUAUACUCUUCCUUCUUGGAUCUUAAGUAUUCCAACCUCGCUCAUAGAGUCUGGCUUCUGGGUGGCUGUCACAUACUAUGUGAUUGGAUAUGAUCCUUCAAUUUUUCGGUUUUUACGGCAGUUCUUGUUAUACUUCUUUCUGCACCAAAUGUCAAUAGCUCUCUUCCGUCUUAUGGGUUCCUUGGGCCGGAACAUGAUAGUUGCCAACACCUUUGGAUCAUUUGCCAUGCUGGUUGUCAUGGCUCUUGGAGGGUUUAUCAUUUCUAGAGAUGAUAUACCAAAAUGGUGGAUCUGGGGAUUCUGGAUUUCUCCUUUGAUGUAUGCUCAAAAUGCAGCUUCUGAUAAUGAAUUCCUUGGACAUUCUUGGGACAAGAGCGCUGGGAAGAACCUGAGCUCUCCACUAGGUGAGGCAUUACUAAGGGCGCGUGCUAUGUUUCCAGAGACAUACUGGUAUUGGAUUGGAGUUGGUGCUAUGAUUGGAUACACAGUUUUAUUCAACGCACUUUUCACGUUCUUUCUAGCUUAUCUUAACCCUUUGGGGAGACAACAAGCUGUAGUGUCUAAGGAAGAGCUGCGAGAGAGAGAGAGGAGAAGGAAAGGUGAAACAUCGGUUGUUGAGCUGAGGCAUUACCUGCAGCAUUCGGGUUCAUUUAGUGGAAAGCAUUUUAAGCAGAAAGGCAUGGUUCUCCCAUUUCAACAACUUUCUAUGACGUUCAGCAAUAUCAAUUACUAUGUGGAUGUCCCUCUGGAAUUGAAGCAACAAGGGAUAGUAGAAGAUAGAUUGCAACUGUUGGUUGAUGUCACUGGAGCAUUUAGGCCUGGUAUCCUUACAGCAUUGGUCGGAGUCAGUGGUGCUGGGAAAACCACCCUCAUGGAUGUCUUAGCCGGUCGAAAAACUGGUGGAGUCAUAGAAGGGAACAUACAAAUAUCUGGCUAUCCCAAAAGGCAGGAAACUUUUGCAAGAAUUUCCGGUUACUGUGAACAGACUGAUAUUCAUUCCCCUUGCUUGACUGUUUUGGAAUCACUUCUGUUCUCUGCCUGGCUUCGGUUACCAUCAGAUAUUGACUUGCAGACACAAACGGCCUUUGUUGAGGAGGUGAUGGAACUUGUAGAGCUCACUCCAUUGAGUGGGGCAUUGAUUGGUCUUCCUGGAGUUGACGGUUUGUCAACAGAACAACGAAAAAGAUUAACAAUUGCUGUUGAACUAGUUGCCAACCCUUCUAUAGUGUUCAUGGAUGAGCCCACAUCAGGGUUGGAUGCAAGGUCUGCAGCUAUUGUGAUGAGAACUGUGAGGAAUAUUGUAAACACUGGGCGAACAAUAGUGUGCACAAUCCAUCAGCCUAGCAUAGACAUUUUUGAAUCCUUUGACGAGCUUUUAUGUAUGAAGCGAGGAGGGCAGCUCAUAUAUGCUGGUCCACUUGGCCCCAAGUCUCACGAGCUCAUCAAAUAUUUUGAGGCAGUUGAAGGAGUGGACAAAAUCAGGCCUGGAUAUAAUCCUGCUACAUGGAUACUUGAGGUUACUUCUUCUACUGAAGAGAACCGUAUCGGAGUGGACUUUGCAGAAAUUUACCGAAAAUCAAAUUUAUUUCAACUUAACAGAGAGUUGGUUGAAAGCCUAAGCAAGCCGAGUAAUACUGCCAAAGAAUUGAACUUUCCAACCAAGUACUCACAGUCAUUCUUUCACCAGUUUUUGGCUUGUCUUUGGAAGCAAAAUCUGUCUUAUUGGAGAAACCCACAAUACACUGCUGUUCGCUGCUUCUAUACUGUCAUCAUCUCAUUAAUGCUUGGAACGAUAUGUUGGAGAUUUGGUGCUAAAAGGGAUAACCAGCAGGAUUUAUUUAAUGCCAUGGGAUCAAUGUAUGUCGCUAUUCUGUUCAUUGGAGUUACUAAUGCCACUGCUGUUCAACCAGUUGUUUCUAUAGAGAGAUUUGUUUCAUAUCGAGAGAGAGCCGCAGGGUUGUACUCGGCUUUACCAUUUGCAUUUGCUCAGGUUGCUAUUGAGUUCCCCUAUGUGUUCUCACAGUCAAUCAUCUACUGCACAAUUUUCUACUCAAUGGCUUCGUUUGAGUGGACUCCCUUGAAGUUUAUUUUGUAUUUAUUCUUUAUGUAUUUUACUAUGCUCUACUUCACCUUUUAUGGAAUGAUGACAACUGCCAUAACACCAAAUCAUAAUGUUGCUGCUGUCAUAUCUGCUCCAUUUUAUAUGCUAUGGAACCUUUUCAGCGGUUUUAUGAUCCCUCACAAGAGAAUCCCAGUAUGGUGGAGAUGGUAUUAUUGGGCAAACCCUAUAGCCUGGAGUUUGUAUGGCCUCCUGACUUCACAAUAUGGUGAUGAUAAUAGAGUAGUGAAACUAUCAGAUGGAUUGCACUCGAUGCCCAUAAGGCAGUUACUCAAGGAUGUCUUUGGGUAUAGGCAUGAUUUCUUGACUAUAGCCGGCAUAAUGGUGGUUGGUUUCUGCAUGUUCUUUGCUGUCAUUUUUGCAUUUGCAAUAAAAUCAUUCAACUUCCAAAGGCGAUGAUCAGAGGUCGAAGUUAUAUUCACAGAUUGAUGCAUAUACUUGACUAAGUAUAUCAGUUCCUGGUAAAUGAAUGUUACAAGAUAAUAACUAUAUAGCAACAAGAUUUUCUAGUAUGUGAUGUUAUUUGAACUUCAGGAGAUUGUACUGUAAACUAAUAUUAGUUGCAUGUUUCAAUAUUAUUAAUCAUAAAUAAUUUGAUGGAAAAUGUUGUAAAGUCAGAUAUUAAUAUUGGCAUAUAAGAAUUUGUUUUCAACAGAAUAGUUGGAAUCACUAUUGUAAUGCAUUGUGAUUUUCCUUAGUUUGAAAUAUCAAUAUCAAAGCUUUUACCUUUCUGUGACA